AUGGAUGCUCUGUCCCAUACAGAAUCUUUCCUGUUCCCCAAAUGUCCCUUUCUUUUCUUUUCUCUCCGCUUUCCUAUUCUGCAAACCCUCCUUCCUCUUACUGAUUUUUCACCCUAUAGAGUGUUCAAGAAGACUAGCUCCAAUGGGAAGCUUUCCAUCUACCUGGGGAAACGAGACUUCGUGGAUGAUGGAGACACUGUGGAGCCCAUUGAUGGAGUAAUCCUUGUUGAUCCUCAGUACUUAAAAGGUCAAAAGAUGUUUGUCAGGCUGACAUGUGCUUUUCGCUAUGGCCGUGAUGACUUGGAUGUGAUUGGUCUGACAUUUCGAAAAGAUCUCUAUGUCCAGACCAAGCAAGUGGCUCCAGCUGAUUCCACCAGCAACCAGGGCCCCCUCACAGCCUUACAGGAGCGGCUUCUGCACAAGCUCGGGGCCAGUGCCUACCCUUUCACACUUCAGAUGGUUGCUAACCUGCCCUGUUCAGUGACGCUGCAGCCUGGGCCUGAAGAUUCAGGAAAGCCCUGUGGGAUUGACUUUGAACUGAAGAGUUUCUGUGCAGAAAAUCUGGAAGAGAAAAUCCCUAAGAGUGAGUCUGUGCAGCUGGUUAUACGGAAAGUGCAGUUUUCGCCCCUGGAACCAGGCCCUGGUCCCCAGGCACAGACAAUUCGCAGCUUCGUUCUGUCAUCUCAGCCGCUACAACUCCAGGCCUGGAUGGACAGGGAGGUUCACUACCAUGGGGAAGCUAUUUCUGUCCAUGUUUCUAUCAACAACUGUACCAACAAGGUCAUCAAAAGAAUCAAGAUUGCAGUUGUCCAGAUCACAGAUGUUGUCCUGUAUUCACUAGACAAGUACACGAAGACUGUGUUCAUUCAGGAGUUCACAGAGACAAUAGCAGCUAACUCCAGCUUCUCCCAGACCUUUGCAGUAACCCCAUGCCUGACUGCCAGCUGCCAGAAGCAGGGCCUAACACUGGAUGGCAAACUCAAGCAUGAAGACACCAAUCUGGCCUCUAGCACAAUUCUUCGACCUGGAAUGGACAAGGAGCUUCUGGGGAUCCUGGUGUCCUACAAAGUUAGAGUCCACCUCACGCUGUCCUAUGGGGGCAUCCUAGGAGGUCUGCCAUCCAGUGAUGUUGGUGUGGAGCUGCCCCUCAUCUUGAUCCAUCCCAAGCCAUCUCACGGUAAGAGAGCAGUGGCUACCAGCUCGGAGGACAUAAUCAUCGAGGAGUUCCAGCAGCAGAACAGCCAGGCCCAGAGCUAGGAAGCUCCAGCAGCAGACAGUUAACAGGCAUUGGAUAGCCUAUCUCUAUAAUCCUGUGUGGAAAUCUCCACUGCAACUCUAAUAAAUCCUUUUGU